GGAGGCGGGUCAAGUUUUCCCCCAAUGAGAGGCAAAUUUACAGAUUCAAACUGACAGAGGGUUAGUAAAACGCCCGCAGCUUCUGCUUUUGAGCAGCCGAGGGUCUCAUACAGCAGAACGAGUUAGGCCAGUGGGGCUGCUGACAAGAAGACAGGUAGAUUUUGGCCCUUCUUCCCUGCAGUAGUCAGGCAGGCAAGAUUCUGACCCUUCCACAACUGGGGUGGGGGGUGGAGAACAACAGAAGCUGGCCGCGUGAUUACGGCUCGGAGAGUGCGAUAAUAAGGGGUGGUGGACGAUCAAGCCUCGGCUGACAGUGAUAGAAAGGUAUCCAUGUUAACUGGAGAUAGGCAACAGGUCAGAAAGAAACAGUUGUGAGCAGCCGGGGGGCUAGCAGAAGGAAACAGCCUUGCUGGAUUGGUCCCUGGAGGGAAGCUCUGUACAGUUGUCUAUUUGGCUUUCAUUAACUGCGGGUUGGUUAUUUUACAUCCUUGUGUGAUUGUUCCCCAAGGAGAUAAAAAGAGACGCCUUCCCGCCACCCUUUACAUAUUUAUGGAAGAUCCAGAGGCGCUAAUCCUUGAUUAAGACUACAGAAGGGAACGACGAUAAUAAUUGCCGAUUAAGCAAGAAAGCAGGUACCAUGAAGGCUGGAAGAAAGGUCCGUGUUGCCCCUCAAAUACGAAUUGCUUGUCUCGUCUACUGAGAAGACUCAGGGAGGCACCUGAUUCACCUCUAGCACAGACUGCUUUUACCAUGUCCACCAGCAGUUGCAGCUUUGCAGACAGGUGCGUGUCCGUCCUGUGCUGCAGGUUCUGUCAACAAGUGCUAAGUUCACGGGGCAUGAAGGCUGUGCUCCUGGCUGACACAGAAACAGAUCUCUACUCCACAGACAUUCCUCCCACCAGUACUGUUGACUUCAUCGGAAACUGCUAUUUCACAGAAAUUUGCAAAUGUAAAUUGAAGAAUAUUGCCUGUUUGAAAUGUGGGAAUAUUGUAGGCUACCAUGUGAUUGCUCCAUGCAAACCUUGCCUGCUCUCCUGCAACAACGGGCACUUCUGGAUGUUUCACAGCCAAGCCGUUUUUGGAAUGAACAGGCUUGACUCCUCUGGUACAAAAUUCCUGCUUUGGGGUAACCUGCCAGAUUCAGAGGAGAGUACGGAUGAAGAUAUAUCAGGCAUCUCUGAAGAUGAAUACAUCAGAUAAAUGUUAUCAGCAGCGUGCUUUAUGAUGUGCGCCUCAUAUUCCUCAGGAGCUUCAUGCACAAAUUCCAACAGUACAGUACAAAGGGAGGAAAUACUUCAAAGGGUAAUACCUGUUGACCUUAAGAUUGCCUGAUUUGUAAGCAUCCUGCUGUAUGACUUGACUAGUAUGUGAAGGUUAAAAAUGCAGUCUUUCUGAAGAGCUACCUGCCAUCCACAAGCAUAUCUGGCUUCUGCAAUUGCUUCCUGUAGCUUGUUUCCUAAAGGACAGCAUUGUGGACAAGAUUUGUUAGGAUCAGUAAAGAGAAUGAACUCUUCUUCCCCCUGCCCUUGUGCUGCAAGAAAGGUCUGGUAGCAACACAGAGAACAAUCGUGUUGUGUUUGAUGUGUGGUGUGUUGUCAUUUGGCCUUUUAGACCUCUGUUUUCCUGCUCAGAUGGCUGCGACAUGGGAUCCAUAUCAUCUCCAGGGGUCACAGUUAAUGCUGCUGCAUGGGGCUCUGGCAAUGAAUGCUGCUGUUGGCUGGCUGGCUGGCUUCCACAGCCACAUGUUUGUAUAAUGUAAGAGAGGAGGAUUGGAAAGCUCUUAAAUUGUGUUCUUUUCAUA